AUGGUGACGAAGACCAUGAGUGGUUUGGGUCAUCCCCCACCGCCUAACCCCUCGUCAGGCGGUGCGAUGUCCCUGUCCUUCGCCGGGUGCGGAUUCCUCGGCCUAUACCACGUGGGCGUCGCCUCCUGUUUGCGAGAGUACGCCCCGGUGCCCAACAACACCAUUAUAUGCGGUGCGAGUGCCGGUGCCUUAGCAGCCAUGGCUACCUGUCUUAGACUCCCAUUAGGUAUGUAUCGGUUUGGUUGCCGUAAACCCUCGCCUCUUAUAUACCCCUAUAUUAAUGGUUUUUUUUGUGUCACCCCUACCCCUACCCCCGUCGACCUACCGUUCCUGUCAGGCGAGAGCACGUCUGAGAUCCUACAGGUGGCCAUCAAGGCUCGGGCCCGUGCGUUGGGACCCUUCCACCCCUCCUUCGACGUCAAUAAGAUUAUAUACGACGGACUCAUGAAGACGUUGCCCGAGGACUGCGCGAAGAGAGCCACGGGUCGGCUCUACAUCUCUGUCACCCGAGUCAGCGACGGACAGAAUGUACUCAUCAGUCAGUUUGACUCCAAAGAGGAUCUCAUUCGAGCAAUCCAGUGCUCGUGUUUCAUACCGUUCUGGUCGGGUAUAGUUCCCCCGAAAUUCCACGGCAUUGCAUACAUGGACGGGGGCUUCAGCGACAACCUGCCCAUCAUCGACAAGAACACCAUAACUGUGUCGCCAUUCAGUGGCGAGUCGGACAUCUGCCCACAAGACGACACCUAUAAUCUAUUUCAAGUGAAUUUAGUGAACACAUCCAUUAUGCUGUCCGUCGGCAAUCUCUAUCGAUUGACACGAAUCCUAUUCCCCGCCCACCCGGAGGUGUUGAGCAAAAUGUGUCAGCAAGGCUUCGACGACGCCCUCAGGUUUCUCCAGAGAAAUAACAAGAUCGCGUGCACCCGAUGUCUGGCCAUUCAGUCGUCCUUCACGUUGGGUGAGGACGACGACAUGGAAGCGGAU